UUUUUAAUGCAAGAUGGCAGCCCCCAUACAACAUUUUUCAUUACAGGAUUGUAGAAAUGCUUUAAGUGACAUUUUAGAUGCCUUCAAAGAGGGAGAUAACUUUCAGAGAUUAGAGGAAGCGAAGGUUGCUGCAGGAAAUGAUAUGCUGCGAUGUAUGCAGAUUGUUUUCCCAGUGGCCACAAACAUUCAGAUGGAAGUUAUAGAAAGAUAUGGGUUCCCAGCGGAUGGAGAAGGUAUAAUCCGAUUUACCCAAGCAGUAAAAAUGUAUGAAAAACAGGAUGAGGAGAUCCAGCAGCUGAACCAUGCCUUGAAAACACUUCUAAUUCCCACCGUUACAGUUAUACCCAGUGGACCAGAACAGCACAAUGGCUCAUGACCAGCUUCUCACAGAGGCUGUGCCAUUAGAAGUGGUGUUCUCAACUUUUUCAUGCCACAAUCCCAAAAGAUUCCAUUGGAACUUGUCUGAACUAUUUUUAAUACCUUAUACAUGUACCUAUGUAUGUACGGUAAUUUUAUUGUAUUAUUCACCAUGUGAACAACAUUUUCUGUGAAAAAUGCCUAUUAUACAACAUACGCCCCGUAUAAUAAUUACAAAUAUUACAUAGCAAUUGUAAAGUGACAUACAUUACAUGUAUCUGAUCCAAUGUACAUGAAUAUUUCAAUUAUGAAGUGAAAUGAAUUUAUACAAUGUAUUUUACCCAAUAUACUGUCGAUCACUUAAUUUUCGCGUCACCUUAUUUUCGCGAGAUAGUCAUUGAUUAUUUAUUAGCGAGGCAAAAUUUUCACGAAUUGUGGUCAUUGCUCUAUAUAAUCUUAAGGAAUUCUAUUAUAUGCGAGAAUGAAAUUUUCGCGAGAAUACCGUCUCGCGUAAUUGUGCGAAAAUAAAGUCCUCGCGAAUAAAAAGUGAUUUAAAGUACAUGUUAGAUGCUAUUUUUAAUUGCCAUUUCAUUGAGAUCAUUUUGACACAAAUACCUGACCAGUACAAUUUAUACGAGGGUUGAUCCAAAAGUUCGUGGAAUUUCUUAAUAUUUCAUUCAUUUAUAAGUGAAAUUGGUUGAAAAUUACAAAUGAGAAUAAAGACACUUAUUGAAUAUUUUAAAUUAAAAAAUGUUUUAAAUAUUUGUGAUAGUAACUCUAUGGCAGUUGCCAUAGAAACGGAUGUUUGGAAAUGCGGGAGAGACAUCUACGCGUUUAUUAUCAUUUUAAUUCUUAAUACUUGAAAUGAGAAUUAAACCGCUCUUCGUGUUAUAGAAAACGAAAAUUAUGUCAUUAUUACGAUUGCUUCAUCUUUUAUAAAACUUUGUGUGUGUAUUUUACUGAUUUUACUGGAUAUUUUGUUUAUUAGUUGAUAAUUUAUUGUUCAUCUUAAGGUUGUUAAACAGACGUCAAAUUUCGGUCAAGUCAUAAGUUUUGUGAAAAUACCGGAAUCACUCUAUCUUAAAUGCGUAUAUUAUUGACAUAGACUGAGGAAAAAUGCAUUUAGCCACUGGUUUUCCAGUGGCGUAAGAAAAUGAAGAAAAAUAGAACCUUCAUGGACGUUGAUUAAAGG